GUGUGUUGGCUGAUGCAGUGAAAAGGUUACGAUUCCGAAAAAUAAGACAAAAAUACAAUUGGAGGGAAAUCGAUCAUCACGAACGAUAAUUCAGUAUAAAGAUGCAGGGAGCUCCGCUAAAAGUGCUACUCUCACUGUGUUGGCUGAGUUCUUCGUCGCGACAAAUAUAACAUUUAAGAAUACCUAUAAUCAAGAAAAGCCUAUGACACGGUAUGAAGAGAUAAGAGUAGCUCCAGCGGUUUUAUUAGUAGCAGACAAGGCGGCCUUCUUCGGUUGCGGAUUUUAUGGUAUGCAAGACACAGUUGGUGACUUAGUCGGCCGUCACUACUUCCAACAAUGUUUCAUCAAAGGAGCUAUUGAUUUUAUUUGGGGAGGAGGCCAAUCUAUAUACCAAAGUUGUAUAAUAGAGGUUAUGGGCGUGACAACAGCGACAGCGAGUAAUGAUGAGGUGAACAGAGGAUUGAUUGCGGGUUACAUAACAGCGCAAGGAAGGGGGACCGAGAAGGAGACAAGUGGGUUUGUGUUUAGUGGAUGCGCCAUUUUUGGACCUGGUAAGGCAUUCCUAGGAAGAGCUUACGGAGGUUACUCGAGGGUUGUGUUUAGCAAUACUAACAUGGCUAAUGUUAUUGUUCCUCAAGGCUGGGAUUCUUGGACACAUCCAAAAGAAGUGAAUAAAGUAACAUUUGUCGAAGUAAAUUGCAAAGGGCCCGGAGCAAACAAAAAAGGAAGAGUGGCGUGGGAGAAGAAUCUCUCACCUCAAGAUGUAUCAUAUUUUAUAAAUCAUAAGACCUUUUUAAACAAAGAUGGUUGGAUAGAGAGUCUCCCUCCACAUCUAAAAAUAUUUGGGUCCGAGCUUCAACCUUUUUAUUCACCACCUCCUUUUUAA